AUGGAGGGGCUAUUUGAUCGUUUAUAUAAAAAGAAGAAGAAGAGAGCAUCGACCGAUUCCUUUCCACCUACCAGAACACACAAGCAUAAAUCAGCCAACGUCAAAAGAGCACUGACCAUCAAUCCCAACACUCGUCAUGCCACCAGUAUACGACAUCAGUCCAUCACCCCAAAACGCUCUUCAUUUGAAGCUGGCUCUGCAGAACACAAUUUCGCUCGUGGCAAAGGGUUACCGUCAGAGAAAGAUGUGAAUAUCUUGUUUGAUAACAUGCUGGAGCGUCGAGGCAUUCAUGAUCCCAGCAUAAAGCAAAGCAUGAAGGAUUGGGAGGUCGAGAAAAAGUGGCUCAUGAUCAACCAGGAUCAUCAGGCUGAACUGUUGGCAUCCGGUAUCCGACAUAGUAGACUUCAUGAGGCAGCAGCUGAAAGAGCCAGCUUAGAUAUCAGUCGACUUCCCGGCACACAAAUACAUCCUAGCACAAGCAGUCCACUAAGCAAAUCAAUGUCUCGACAGCCAAGACCAAGCAUAGACGGACCCCCACCCAUCAAAUCAAUCUCAUCACCUGUAAAUAAAUCAACCACACCCCCAUCGCUAAGAAAAAGCCCAUCCAAUAUACUUCGACCUAUCAAUACAAAUGCCACUACUACAACUAAUAUGAGCCCUGUCAAGAACAGCCCUACACUCAACUAUUCACCUACCAUGGGCAGAUCCAAGAGCAUGCAUGCGUCUCCGACAUCACCCAAAGGCAAGAAUGACCAUUACUAUGAUACCAAUGCAGUGGAUCAGAAUUCACAAGAGUUCUUUGUACGCAAGUUUCUUGAUCCCAAUUUGAGGUCAGUGACACCCAAAAUUGCAGCGAGUCUGGAAGUGAGUUUAAGAACAAGAUCCAUCGAUUGGGUCGUCAAGUUUAUUCAUCUGAAGGGGUUUCAUGUGCUAUCAUACGCAUUGGACUAUUUAAACCACAACAGCGAAGACAGAAGAGAUGUAGCAUUGGAAUUAGAAGCAGAAAUCAUCAAAUGCAUCAAGGCUAUUGUCAAUACCAAAGUGGGUGGAAAAGAAGUGAUGGAUCAUCCCGAGUACAUACAUGCAGUUGUAUUCUCCAUUGUGUGUCCUCAGUGGCAGACAAGGAAGAUGGUGUGUGAAUUGCUGGCGUUUUUGUGCUAUUUAGAGGGAUAUGAACAUGUGGUUCGCGGGUUCGAACUGCUGAAAAAAUACAAAAAGACACUUGGAUUAUACGAUGCGUGGGUCAAGGUGUUUCUGAGGACAAUUGUGCACGACAAAUAUCUUCGUAACGAAAUACUACCCGAAAGUCAUUUGAUGGAAUACGCUCUGUCCAAUAUGAUCCUGAUCAAUGCCUUGACACGCAUUCCUGCUGGUGUGUAUGAUCGCAUUUACAUGCGAAAUCAGUUUGAUGCUGCUGGAUUACAGACGUCGCUGCUACCGAAAUUAGAGGCGUUUGACUAUCAUUUACUCAACUUGCAGAUCGAGUCCUACAAGGAGGCAGCCGAGAAUGACAUGGAAGAUGGAUUUGGAGAUGAACUGGCCCAAUUUGACGAACCAAAGGAGCCAUCAGAGCUGUUUGAUCUAGUGGCAGAGAAUAUAUCAGACUCUCGACGUGGGACUGAGUAUCUUAUAUCAGUCCUCAAGCAUUUAACCUGGAUAAAAGGGGAUGAAGAAACAAAAUGUCAGUUGUACAGAAUGAUCAACAUUAUCAUCGAGAAAAUCGUUACCGAUCGAACUCAACAUGAUACGUCCGACGACUUUUCAGCUACGUAUGGCAUGGCUGUGGGCACAGUCAUUCAGAACUUUUAUGAUUUGAGUCGCUUAAAGGGGAUUGAGAUGGAGGCCAAUGACCUCAAGGAACAGUAUGACAAGCUAACUGCCGAAAAAGACGCAUUGCAGAGUGAAGUACAAAAGUUGCGUAUUUUGCCCUCGCAAAUGGACCAUCAAGCCGUGCUGAACAGAAACGAACAGUUGAUUGAAGAGAACAACUCGUUGCGAGACCUAUUGAAAAAGUCGAAAGAAACAAUUGAAUUACUGCAACACCGAAAAGAGGAUGCACUGCCAACACCAACAACCACGCCAACACGAAACAUUUCGAUUGAACUGCCACCAGAGAGAUCCCUGCCAAGCAAGUACUUAGAAAGACGGUCCAUGGAUGAGCGCCAUUUGUCAAGAAACAGCUGGCAGAAUACCAGCUUAUCUCUACCUGAAGAACAGAAAUCAAGCAUAUUCAAUAUCUGGCCAUUCCGAUCCAAGCACAAAAAGCACAGACCAGUCAGUGGCACAUACACAUUAUCUCAGCCCAAUCGCUUAUCAUUGGCCUCUAGUCGAGAAUCUCUUUCCUCACCAACAAAUGCUACUUUCAGUGGUGCCAAUGGAGCAUCAUCAGUGGCUGUGUCACCUCCACCGCCGCCACCACCACCACCACCUCCACCACCUCCACCACCUCCAGGUCCUGGUACGACUCCUGCAGGUUCAAUUCCACCUCCAGGUUCUGGUACGAUUCCUGCAGGUUCUAUUCCACCUCCACCGCCGCCACCCCCUCCACCGCCACCCCCACCGCAAGGCACACACCACCAGCUCUCAUCCAUAUCUGUGGAUGAAUCGCCAUCAACAGUGCCACCUCCUCCUCCGCCACCUCCUCCCCCAUCACAGCUUCCCAAAGACUCCUUACAAGUGCCUACACCCAACAGCUUUAUCAUUCCUGUACGAAAAGAGCUCCAGCAUUAUCCUCAAGUCAAGCUCAAGAAUCUGCAAUGGCAGAAGCUGGAUGCCAAGACGACAGAAAAGACAAUUUGGCAUGUUGAGAACCAAGAUCAUGAUAGCAUGGAGGAGAUCUUGAAUGAAAAGGGUGCUUUCGAAAAGCUAGAAGAGUUGUUUCCUGCCAAAGUCAAUACCUUCUUGGAGGAUCGACGCAUCAAGCAAAGCUCCACCGAGAAAAAUGACUCUGUUCGAUUUUUGAGCAAGGAAAAGAACAAGAAUAUCAAUAUUGCCAUCAUGCCCAAGAUCAAGCACUUUGAGUCUUACAAGGAAAUAGCGCAGCAUAUUCUUGCCAUGGACGAUAAACUAUGCAACGAGAUUUUCUUGAUCAACCUCAUCACGUAUGCACCUAGCCGGGACGAUGACCUUGUACUGAUGCAAAAAUAUCUGGAUGGCCCUGAAGAAGACUGUCUCAAGCUGGAUCAACCAGAGCAAUUUACAAUUGAGAUGCUGCGCAUAUAUCGAUACGAGUCCAGGCUGAAAUUUAUGCUGUUUCGACUUCAAUUCUGGGAUAAAUUUGAGCAGCUCAAGCAAGGCUUGUCAAUCGUCUUGUCAGCAUCAGAUGCACUAAGGAAUUCAGAAGCAUUUAGGGAACUGCUGCAUGUCAUUUUACUGCUAGGAAACUACAUGAAUGCCUCCAGUAUUCAAGGCGGUGCUUUUGGUAUGCGUAUUGAUAGCAUCAACAAGCUGACGGAUACAAAGGCAUCUGACUCUUCUCAACUAACGCUGUUGCAUGUCCUUAUUGGCAUUGUAAGGAAAGAAUUCCCUCACAUUUUAAGCUUUACAGAUGAUCUUAAGGAUGUAACAGAAGCUGCACGGGUCAUGGCAAGCAUUACUGAUAUUGUACAGCAAUACACUGAAAUGCGACAAGGACUGAAGCAUCUGGGCGUUGAAUUGGAGUCUUACUGGAAGGAACAACACCAAGAGGAUAAGCAUGAUCGAUUUUUCACUGUCAUGGAAGAGUACCGGACAUCAGCUAUCGGUAGAUUCGAAGAGCUGGAAGCAUUGUAUGUCAAUGUGGAUGUCAAAUGGAAAGAUACUAUGGUCUACUAUGGGGAGAACCCUCGAAACAAGCGCCCUGACGAGUUUUUCAACAUCUUUGCUCGAUUCCUUUCCAGCUGGAAGACAUCUGCUAUUGAAGAAUCCAAUUAUACACGCCAGCAAGAGCUGGCAGAGAAACGUCGUAAAGAAAUUGAGGGGAGAAGAAUCAAGGCACUCAAGAUCAUGGACAGUGACAGUACCCUAAGCGAGGAUUCUGAAUCAAUAUCAGGAGACGAUGAUCGACGUUUGAUGGAUGAUCUACUGGAGAAGUUAAGAUCAGGUGAAAGGGAGAACAAAUCAAGACAGCUUCGUGUGCGACAACGACUCAAGCGCUUGAGAAAUGUGCAAUCUCCUAGUAAUAAGGUGGAGAGGAAAUCGUCGCAUCGUUCUAAUAGCAUAUCAUCUACUGCUUCGUCUGGCCACAUGCCGCUUAUAUCAGCAGAAGACAUGUUGCGAAGUUUGCAGCAAGAGGACGAAUAA